UCCAUUCAAUUUUGCCUCUGAUGGAUUGAUCUGGUUUGGUUGGAUGUUUUGAAAUCGAAUCAUUGAUUAACCGUUACACUCCUAAUUUCCAUGCUUUUUAUUUUUCCAAAUUUUGCAGAAAAUGGUGCCAAUAAUCCAAGAUUAGGGAAUUUGACAUUUAUUCAGUGUGAAGUUCCAUACUGAUUCAUUGAACCUUACUGUAACAGAUCACAGAUCUUUUUUUUUUUUCAUAAACUCUUGGUCCAAACAUGGUAUUUGAUUCUAUAUGUUCUGAUUAUUUAAGUCUAUAUGCUAAAGUUUUUUUUGUUUUUUUUACAUUUUCAUAUUUGGGGUCGUUACACCAUAAUUUCACUAGAAUUUUGGUCUAAUGAUAAAAUAGAUUUGGAAUGUUUUAACAAAAGGAAAAUAGACAUCAUGAAGGCCAGAUGAUGCAUUUGUACAGAUAGUGAGGAUGGAUGCUAGAAGGCCGGAGCGUCAGAGCGCGGCGCGUUGCUGCAGCCGCUGAUGCGCUCCUGUGACGCGCUGUGACUUCACUCGGAGGCUGGAGGAAGGAGACGCCGACGCUCCGCGCUGCGCUCCCCUCGACUCCUCUCGGUCUGCGGGCGAGCGUCCUCCUGCACAAACCCGGAGGGAUGGAAGCUGCGGGCGCGUACGGCGCCAGGAAAGCCGGGAACGUCAAUUUCGACCCGGUUGCGUUCUUUACGCAUCCCCGCACCAUCCUCAGACUGCUGUCGUGGGUGUUCUCCAUAGUGGUGUUCAGCUGCAUUGUCAACGAAGGGUACGUCAACAUCGGCAGCGAGCGUCUGCUCUGCGUCUUCAACAACAACGCCGACGCCUGUAACUAUGGACUCACGCUGGGUGUGGGCUGCUUCCUCGGCAGCCUCUGCUUCCUGGUCCUGGACUUUUACUUUCCUUCCAUGAGCAACCUUAAGGACAGAAAGCGUGCCGUUCUGCUGGACCUGAUAUUCUCUGGUCUGGCCAGCUUUCUGUGGUUUGUUGGCUUCUGUUUUCUGGCGAAUCAGUGGCAGGCCACCUCUCCGGACGAGCUGCCGCUGGCUCAGGGCUCGGACGCCGCCAGAGCCAUCAUCGCUUUCUGCUUCUUCUCCAUCGUCUCAUGGGCCGUGCUGACCCUGAGUGCCCUUCGACGCUACUUAACUGGCAGCAACACAAACUUGUUCACUUGGCAGCAUCUGGAGCCGUACCCACGCAACGUUCGAGCGACACCGUAUCCCAUCCCCAACGGCGCAACCAUCGUAACCACCAAUCCCUAUCAAGCCCCGCCCUUCACUGAAACCCUGGACCCGCAGAAACUCACACAGCAAAGACCCAUGGCUCCUGCCUUCUAGAUAGAAAGGAGCUCGGAAAAAAAAAAGCAACAGGGGGUGUGAGCUGAUUGAGGUCGCUCACGACGCAGGCACGGACAUCUUCCAUCCUCUCUGGGGCUCGACUGGAUGUUAGAUUUACUGUUACCAUGGUAACUGCUGACGAAGUAGUUAGUUGUAACCCUCUUUGUCAAGACUAGUGUCCUCUGUUCACUCGAUGCACGCAGCUAUUCUCACCCACCACCAGUAACAGUUAAACACACACACAUCUGGAGACACACAGACGCACACUGCACGCUCAUCUAGUGAAGUGCAGGCUAACAAUGAUGUAGAUCCGCGAUGGCGCUCCGACUGCAUACUGACGAGACACUGUGAAAGACAUGUAGAAGCAGCCCAUUCCAUCUGCCUCUCUUAGCAGUCGCUCUGACCAAUCAAAGACUGUCUUAGGGGAUGCGUGGCCUACCAUUGGCUGAAAUUGAGUCCGUUUGGCCAAUAGGUUCUGAGCAACUUAAGGAGAGGGGGGGGGGCAGAUUUUUCAGAAAAUGUUACGUUUUCUUGGCAGUAGCAUAAAUAGCAGGACUGCUUAAUGCAUUCUGGCUUGUACAGAAUUUUGGUGUGAAAUAUUCAUGUGGUUAAAUACUUUAUUGUGAUAUGUUGAAGCAAGGAAAAGACAAUAAAAUCUUCCCACCAGCUCAGUGCACCUGUA